AUGAAGUUCACCAUGAUCUUGACACACGCCUGUUGUGUCCUCGCGCUGUUAUGCCUUCGAGCCUUCAGUGUCACCACCUUUGGUAAGCCCUACGAACCACUCUCAGACCUAUAUGCUGAACAAGGGACGGUUCCUACAGGCACCGACGAUUCCGCGUGGCAGUUCGGCCCCAAUACUCCAGCGACUAAGACUACAACUGCUCUUGUCCUUCACACCAUGACCGAAACCACUACUGAGUCUUCUUCCCAGUCGACUGGCACCACGACUAGCUCCGACUCUGAUCAUUCCACUUCUACCUCUACUUCUGCUGAUAACUCGUCCAAGUCGUCGUCUGGCCGAUCAUCAUCGGCCUCUGACACAGGUGACAGAAAUCCUUCCACCUCGCGCUCGAGCAAAUCCUCAGCACAAGCGACCACUACAAGCGAAGAUGUAUCCUCGACUUCCAAUAAUCCUUCCUCUGCGUCAACUUCCUCUUCCACGGCUACAAGUUCGACUCCCUCCUCAACUACCUCAUCAACUACCAUUGGCCCCUCCCCGACUCCUACUCCCACUGCCACCAGCCCAAGCACCACCUCUCCAUCCACCCCCACCUCCACCACACCCCCCACAGUAUCACCCGACCCAAACCCAGUCUCAAACCCAGGCCCCAUAAUAAUCACCACCGCCACAAUCGGCUCCGCCCUCGUCGCCAUCCUCGUCGCCAUCCUCAUCUUCAUCCUCCUCCGUCGCCGCAAACGCACCAACAAGCGCAAAGCCCAAGCUCCCGACGACAGCGACGACCUCCCCGGUCCCUGGCCCGACGAUUCACACCCGUCGAGACCACCACAGGACACUACAACGAUGAUGGCGAUGGCAAAACCCAGCACCGCCGCCGCCACUGCCGCCACUGCUGAUGAUGCUGCUAUGGGAACCGGCGCAGGCAUCGGCAUCGGCAGCCCCACCCGCAAUUACCGCGGUCUCACACCCACGCAGCAGAACCGACUCAGCGGCAUCGACAGCGGCAGCGGCAGCGGAAGAUUCUACGCCGCCGAGGCAGACCCCACCCAGCAGGUGUACGAGGCGCCGCCGCCGCCGCCACCUCCACUACCGUCGCAGGCACCACCCAUGCGCGCAAAGUCCGCAGCGGGGCCGGGACCGAUGACGGCGGCGAUGCGCCAGAAGCCUCCUGUGCGUACAGCUUCUGCACCUGCGAUGCCGGCGGCUGGUGGUGGGGUGUUGGAGAUGAGUGCUGCACCUGCGAGUCCGGGUGGUGUGUAUGGUGACGGCGCAGUGGGGGGGCGGGAAGGGGAACGGGGAGGGAAUGUGAAUGUGAAUGAUGUGCCUGAGAGUCUGCGGCCUGGGAAGAGGGCUGCGACGCCGCCGUGGGCGAGACGGGAGGGGGAUGCGCAUUUCGGCGUGCCGGGGUGGUGA